CUCCAUUUUUCUGGUUCGUGCCGCGGGCGCGUUCAUAAGGCCCCUCCUCCCUACCCAGUUUCGGGGUCGCCUGGUAAGGUAAAAUCCUUGAACCCACUCGUUCCUGUCGCUGGGAGGGCGCCCCUUUCGCCUGUCACGGCGUCGCCGUAGGACGUUUCCGAGUCCUGUCGUUCGGUGCGGGACCCGGGAGUCUGCGUUUGUUUCCAGUUGAAAUCGCUCUGAGGCAGGUACCGGGCCCAGCCUUGCUGCCGUCGGUCCUUGUAGACACCGAUCGCCCUUCUGGUCGCUUUCCUGCUCAGAACGUUGCUCCGAUCCCCGAUUCUGCCCCCCGCCCCGUCCCCACCCCCAACUGCGUCGGUAUGGUGGUCGCUCGGGAGGUGGAUGCAGGCCCUGCGCCCCGCUCCAGGGAGGGCAGAGGGGCAACGCAGAUGGCGGGGAAGAGGCAGGAACCGGCGGAGUUAGGGGGCUAUCGGAAAGUCUGGGGAGGAAGAACCGCAGGGAUCGAAAGUGGUUGCCGCAGAGUGGGGUCAGGCUGUUGGAGGCGGAGUAGGUAGGGAGGGAAACAGAAGGAUGCGGAAACAGAGAGGGAAACACAGAUGGACAAAAGGAGAGAAGAGAAACAAGAACAAAGAGACACAGAACAAAACACAUAGUGGUCUCGGAGAAAGCCCAGGACCCAAACCCAGAAUAAUCUUACCUGAGAAAGAAGCCUGGAAGAAGAGAGAAAAAGGGAGGAAUGGCUUUUUCCCAGGAAGCCUUUCUGCUGGAUUUGCAACCAAGGAAUUAUCACCAAUAGAGGACAUUAAUAAAGGAGAAUUAUACCACUUAGUGAUAUUGGAGAGAAACAAAAGUGAUGACAUCAAGAAUUUUGAUCUCAAGGAAGUCUGGGAAAAUGUGCAUGAGUUUGAAAGUCAGUGGGGAUAUGAUGCAAGAAAUUACAAAGAAGUGCCUUUGACCCAUAACAAAAAUCUCACUCAUAGAAAAGAUGAAGAACUUAAAUCCUCAGUUACUUUUCCACAAAAACAGACUAUUUCUAUAAGAAAUAAUACAUACCAAUGUUUUAUGCAUGCCGAGCCAUUUAUAAGGAAUUUGUUAAAACUGGAAAACAGCGUAGGUGAUGCUGGAAACCAGGACAUAAACUGUUUGGAAAAUAGAAUUGGAUUAAGUUUGCAGGGACACCUGGCUGAACUGCAGAGAUUUCAUACUGAGGGAAAAAUCUAUAAAUGUAAUCAAGUGGAGAAGUCUGUCAACAAUGGUUCCUCUGUUUCACCACUUCACAGGAUUCCUCCUACUAUCAGAAACAUUUGGAAUAAAUAUAGGAAGAUAUUAAAAUAUCCCUUGUUACCUGCACAAUACAGGAGAGCAUACAGUAGAGGAAAGUCUUACAAAUGUAAUAACUGUGGGAAGGCUUUUAGCAAAAGCUCAAACCUCAUGAGUCAUGAGAGAAUUCAUUCAGGACAGAGACCUUACAAAUGUAAUGAGUGUGGCAAAGCCUUUACAGAGCGUUCACAUCUUACCCAACAUAAGAAAAUCCAUACUGGAGAGAAACCUUACAAAUGUAACGAGUGUGGUAAAGCCUUUAACCAGUGUUCAAACCUCACGAGACAUCACAGAGUCCAUACAGGAGAGAAACCAUAUAAAUGUAACAUAUGUGGCAAGGUCUGUAGUCAAAAUUCAAACCUUGCAAAUCAUCAGAGAAUGCAUACUGGAGAGAAACCUUACAAAUGUAAUGAAUGUGGUAAGGCUUUUAUCCAACGUUCACAUCUUUGGAGUCAUGAGAGAAUUCAUACUGGUGAGAAACCUUACAAAUGUAACGAAUGCAGCAAAGCCUUUGCUGAACGUUCAAGCCUUACUCAACAUAAGAAAAUCCAUACUGGAGAGAAACCGUACAAAUGUAAUGAGUGUGGCAAAGCUUUUAAGCAGUGCUCACACCUCAUUAGACAUCAGAAUACACAUCCUGGAGAGAAACCACACAAAUGUGAUAUAUGUGGCAAGGCUUUUAUCCAAAGCUCUAGCCUAAUAGAACAUCAGAGAAUUCAUACCGGAGAAAAACCUUAUAAAUGUAAUAAAUGUGAUAAGGCUUUUAUUAGACGAUCACACCUAUGGGGUCAUGAGAGAACUCAUACUGGAGAGAAACCUUACAAAUGUACUGAGUGUGGCAAAGCUUUUGCUGAGCGUUCAAAUCUUACCCAACAUAGAAAAAUCCAUACCGGAGAGAAACCUUAUAAAUGUAAUGAGUGUGGCAAAGCUUUUACCCAGUUUGCAAACCUUACUAGGCAUCAGAAAAUACACACUGGAGAGAAACCACACAAAUGUGAUGUGUGUGACAAGGCUUUUAUACAAAGUUCAAGCCUCAUGGAACAUCAGAGAAUUCAUACAGGAGAAAAACCUUAUAAAUGUAAUAUAUGUGAUAAGGCUUUUAUUAAGCGUUCUCACCUGUGGGGUCAUGAGAGAACUCAUACUGGAGAGAAACCUUAUAAAUGUAAUGAAUGUGGCAAAGCCUUUACUGAGCGUUCACAUCUUACUCAGCAUAAGAAAAUCCAUACUGGAGAGAAACCUUAUAAAUGUAAUGAGUGUGGCAAAGCUUUUACCCAAUUUGCAAAACUUACAAGGCAUCAGAAAAUCCAUAAUGAAAAACAUUAUAAACCUAAUAUGUGUGGCAGUGGUUUUAUUCAAAGCUCAAGCUUUGGGGAUCAUCAAAGAACUAGUAGAAAGAAACCUUACAAAUAAAAUGAUUAAGCAAGUUAUUCAACAUCAGAGAUUCCAUCAUGGAGAGGAACCAUAUGAAACUAAUGUAUGUGGCAAAGCUUAUAGCCAGGGCUUAUACCUCACUUGAUAUCAGAAUGUAAAUCUCCAAAAGAAAGCAGACAAAUGUAAUGUAUGGCAAGGCUUAUCCAAAGUUUAUACCUUGUGAACAAAACAGUUUAUAGUAGGUAGAAGCCUUACAAAUGUAAUGAGUGAUCAGCUUUAUAAAAAAUGUACAGCUUUUA